AGCGUCUCCGCCCCGCCGAACCAACUUGGGCGGCAUUUUUUGCAGUCGAAAGUGAAAGUAGAACAGACUUCUGGACGUCCAUUUUACAUCUAAGGCUUAUUUUAACCACUAAAGGCUGUGAACGCGGAUUUCAGGUCAGACUGACCUCCUCGUCUUGAAUCACGCCCAAACGCGCCUCGUCAGAAAGAAUCCAUAUCCGCUUUUUGUUUUUGUGUGUGUGUGUGUGGAUAUUACGUCACCUUGGAUUCGCUACAAAAGACACAAUGGAUAAUCGGAUGAUUCACUUUUAUUUUCUGGCGCUUCUUUCCUGCCCAUGCUGCUUCGCUCCAAUUUCAGAGACUGUCACGGUUUCAGUAAAGUCUCCUGUCUCAGUCCAGCGAGGUCAUACAGCCAUCUUACCCUGCUGGCUCACUUCCUCUCAGAGUGCAGAAGAUAUGGAGGUGCGCUGGUAUCAAGGGAGUGAUGAGUAUGAUACUCCAGUCCUGCUUUAUAAGGAAAAAGCUUUCGACUAUUCAUCCCAGAAAGCUUCGUUCGCUGGCCGAGUCUCAUUCGGCUUAAAGGAAGAAACAUCAGGUGGAUUAAAGGCAGGUGAUGUCAGCCUGAAGCUGGAAAACGUCACAAUUGAAGAUAUUGGAAGCUACACUUGCUAUGUUAGUAGCUCUGUUGCUUAUAGCAGUGCAUCUAUUAGUCUGACUGUGACAGAAACUGGACGCUCUCCUCUCCUGUCAGCAGUGAUGAAAGACGAUAACAAAGUUAAUCUGAGCUGCCAAUCUGACGGCUGGCAUCCAAAGCCUGAGCUGAGCUGGUCAGACACCAAAACAGCUCUCACACCUGCUAAUGUGAUGUUCAGCAAAAACUCUGCUGGUUUUUAUUCAGUCCAUAGUUGGGUUCUGGUCUCCAGUCCCUUUGAGGUCUCCUGCUCUGUUGGGCUCUUCAAUGAAGAACCAAAGGAGGCCAGAAUGCGUCUGGAAAAUCCUCCACCAUUACAACAAGAGUCGGGAUGCAUAGCUGAACGGGUGGCCAUUGGGAUACUUCUGGCUCUGUUAGCAGCAUUCGGAGCUCUGUACUUCCUGUACUACAAGAAGAAAGACAACAAGGACAAAUCAGGAAAUGACACAACUGAUGGGGCCAAUCUCACAAACAUUCCUGAAGAGAAUGAACCACUUCUGUUAAAAGCAACAUGGCAGCCAGCAGCUCUACUGGAAGCAUCCAAGCAUUAUGAGCAUGUUCAACUGGUGGACACAGGCAAUCCACUAAUAAAAAUGAAGGAUUCUAUACUGAGAGAUAAUGCUGAUGCAGAGUUUCCAGAUGGAGACAGAGUCACUUGUCUCACUGCAGUCAGAGGAUCACCUGGUUUCUCUUCUGGACGACACUACUGGGAGGUUUGCUUAGAAAUUGCAAGAAAUAAAAGUGCAGACCUCCUCAAGAAGUCCUGGUGGAUCGGAGUUACAGAUAAACAUGAAAUCCCUCAUGAUGAACGUUUGUCUCCAACCACAAAAAAUGGUUUCUGGUUCUUGUCUUCUUGCCCCAACGAGGAGGAUACUGUUCAGUUUAGCACUGAACCAGAGACAUUCAUUUAUGUUCAGUCAAAACCAAAAACAGUCGGUGUGUAUUUGGACUUUGACAACAGAAAACUCUCCUUCUAUAAUGUGGAAGAGAAAUGUCUGAUUGGAUCUCUGGCAGCUGAAUUCACAGGUGAACUGUUCCCACUUUUUAACCCUGGAAAAGGUGACCCCGUAACUAUGGAGAUAUUACAGAGACCUGUGCAGGAUCAGUCAAAUAACACUGAACCUGCGGAGAAACUACAGAAGGAGGAGCAGAAUCAAUCAGGUCUGACUGAGAAUCCAGUGAAAAAAAGUUAAAAGUGGCACAAAUGAAGAAGAAGAGGGGGAAAACGCUGCACAGUGUAAUGUUAUCCUGCAUACAGUAAAGACUAAAGUAAAAGCUAAUAAUCCGGAUAAAAUUUGGAUUUGGAUCAAAAUGUACCUUUUGCUCUCAAAGUUUGAGAAAGUACCAAAAUGUGUUAUAAGUUUAGGUUUUCUAAAAUUUAAGAUCAACAUCAAUGGUAACAAUUUCUCUUGAGAAACAGUAAAUGUCUAAACAAAAUGUAAGUUGUGUGUAUGUCUAAACUCACUGAUACUGGAGCUUCCUUCAGUGGGUGAGUCACACAACGAGAGUAUGUUAAUUAAAUAUCUGACAUCAUUUCACAUGUAAUUUCUGCUGUAUGUGCAGUUAAAGGCAACUCGGAUAAAUCCAACAAGAGAAAACAAUCUUGAUGUUUCUACAAAUAUCAGUUAUGAAUUCUCAAUUAGCGCCGCUGUCAGCUUCUGACCCUAAAUUUGCACUUCUUCAAAGUCUGGUUUCAUAACCGAGACAGUCAGUCAGUGGACUAAUCACUAAAAUCACAUGUUGCUUUCUCAGAAUAGUAACACUGCUCCAACUCGAUCAGUAAAAUAAAUGUACAUUCCUGUGUUCCUACAUGUGUAAAUUCAUAAUGUCUACAUUUGUGGUACCUCUUAGUGAAUAUUUACUCAUAGUUAACUUGAUCUUCUACUGUGUUUCAAGUCAUUUUUUCUAAUUUCAUAUUAACUGACUUUGAUACCUGUUAUAAAACAAGCUAAUCGAUUUUCCUUUUGUCAAGAGGUAUUAAUACAACCUUUUAUACGAGUUGUCAUAAAUAUUUUUGCUAUUAUUAUUUUUGUUAUAUGUUGAAGCUGUACAAAGCUGUUCAUUCUCACUACCAUCUAUUAAAUGUAUGUUCUUUGGAAGAGCUA